AUGACCGACCGUAGAGUGAACGAAUGUGGUGUGCAUCUCCAGCCGGACCCUAACGUGCUGGAGGCGGAGACGCCGGCGGGGCUGAUCCGCGGCCACGCGUACUCUGUGACGCGCGUCAAGUACGUGGACAUCGAGACGCCGGGGCGCGCGGGCAAGAUCCCGCUGCUGCGGCUGCGCAACCCCUGGGGCAACGAGGCCGAGUGGAACGGGCCCUGGAGCGACAAAUCGCCUGAGUGGCGGUUCAUCCACGAGUCGGAGAAAGAGGAGCUGGGCCUGACCUUCGAUGAUGACGGCGAGUUCUGGAUGUCCUACAAGGAUUUCGUCACCCACUUCGACAGAGUGGAGAUUUGCAAUUUGAACCCAGACUCGCUGGAUCCGGAAGAGUGCCCCGAAGGAUGCACCAAGAAGUGGGAGAUGUCCGUCUUCGAAGGGGAAUGGGUCAGAGGUGUAACCGCUGGCGGAUGCAGAAAUUACUUGGAGACCUUCUGGAAGAAUCCUCAGUACACUGUCACCUUGAAAGACGUGGAUGAAGGCGACGAUGAGAACAAAUGCACCAUAAUCGUGGCACUGAUGCAGAAGAACCGGCGCUCGCAGCGGCACCAGGGGCUGGAGUGCCUCACCAUCGGGUUCGCCGUGUACCGGCUGCCCGACUACGGCCACGUGCCCAGGCCGCUCGACCUCAACUACUUCAAGUACAACGCCUCGGUGGGCCGCUCGCAGGCCUUCAUCAACCUGAGGGAGGUCAGCGCGAGAUUCAAGCUCGAACCCGGCUCCUACGUGAUCGUGCCGUCGACCUUCGAGCCUGAUGAGGAGGGGGAGUUCCUUCUGCGAGUCUUCUCCGAAAAGGACAACAACAUGGCCGAGAACGACGAAGACGUGGGAAUGGGCGAAGUCGACGAUCGGGUGAAAGAGGUGGAGCCGAACCCAGAACCAACAGAUCCAGUGCGCGACUUCUUCACCCGCUUGGCUGGUGCCGACGGCGAAGUCGAUUGGCAGGAGUUGAAGGAAAUACUCGACUACGCCAUGAGGGAAGAGCUAGCGAUGAAGCGGGGCGGGGCGUACGACGGCGGCGGCGCCUGGGGCGGGGGCGGGGGCGGGGGAGGGGGCGUGGGCGGGGGGGAGGCCCCGCCGGCGCAGAGCUGCCUCGAGCAGCUGCUGUGCGCCCUCUGCACGCCCAUCUGCAAGGAGUUCGGCAUCGACCUGCAGCAGGUGCAGCAGCAGAGCUCCGCCCAGGAGCAGGUGCACCUCAACCAACCGCAGCCGGCGGCCGCCGAGCUUAAAGGCCAGGGAUUUUCCAAGGACGUGUGCAGGAGCAUGAUCGCGAUGCUCGACAAGGACAACUCGGGCGGUCUCGGGUUCGAGGAGUUCAAGUCGCUCUGGAUCGAUCUGCGCAAUUGGAGGGCCGUGUUCCGCCUGUACGCGGAGAACGGCGCGAUGCCCGCCCACCACCUGCGCGACGCCCUCCACUCGGCCGGGUACACCGUCAACGCGCAUGUCCUCAACGUGCUCGCGCACAGAUACACCACCGACGGCUACGUGCAAUUCGACGACUUCAUCAUGUGCUCCGUGCGUCUCAAGGCCAUGAUAGAUACAUUCAAAGGAAGAUCCUCUGGGGGUGAAUACGCAACUUUCUCCCUCGAAGAAUGGCUGAAUCGCACAGUCUACUCU